CUCACAGGCAGGACAGAGAGAGAGAUAGACCCAGUGAAGACCUUUGAAGAUCUCUGAAGAAGUGAAGCUACAACUGAAGAUUUGUGAAGGAUACUCACCAUGGCCAUGUUGACCGUUCUUCUGCUUCUCAGUGCUGCCUUUGCUCUGGGAGACGCAAUUUCAUCAGGAAACCGCUUGUGUCCCCGCGGUUGGACCCAAUAUGGAUCACGCUGCUUCAUGUUUGUCAAGACUGCAAGGACCUGGCCUGAAGCAGAGGCAUCAUGCUUACUAUCUACUGAGAUUUGUAUUUCCCUUGAAGCAAACCUGGCGUCUGUGCAUAGCUCUGAGGAGGCUCAAUUUCUACAGGGGGUGGUGUUUUCUGAGACUGGCGAAUUCACUCCUACCUGGAUUGGAGGAAUGGAAGCUUUUGGGGGACUGGUGGGAAAGGGCAGGCUAUGGAUCUGGAGUGAUGGGUCCAAGUUUGAUUACCAAAACUGGAAUCAAGAAGAGCCCAAUAACAAUGGUGGCAGAGAGCAAUGUAUUGUGAUGAACUUUGGAGGUGAACAAGGCUGGAACGAUCUAGAAUGUGGAAACGUAUUGCCCUCUGUGUGUGUCGUAGAAACAUUUGACUAAGAGAUAAUCUACUCAAAUAAAUAUCUCUCAAGACA